UCACAAGGCCCAGACAAAACAAGACCAAAACACUAAUUUUAUUUAUUUAUUUACCGAAUCUAAUUAAAUAAAUACAUUCCCAAAAAGAUUAUCAGUGUCGUAUUUGACCCUUUCUGGUUUUUUAUGGUAUGUCUUCGUUAAACCUCCCAUAUAUAUUCUCCUCCAUUAAAUCUUCCCGAUUUCAUCGUUCUCUCCACCUCCUGCUGUAGCUAUCACUUCUCUUCCCUUCCCCCAGAGAAAUGGAGCUAUCGAAUGGAGAACACAACCGGCCAGAAAACGGAGUUGACGAUGGCCGGAAAGUAAGCGGAACUAUUGAGGAGGAGAUCCCGGCAAGAUUGAAUUCGAAUAUAAAUAAUCACGAUAAUCAAGAAGAACAAGAACGGGAGGAAUUCAGUGAAGUCGAGAUCAAGGAGGCAAAGUUAGCGGAUGAAAACGAUUUAACGGCUGAGAAAUCGGAAAAUAUCGAAACUAUCUCUCCCGUUAGUCACGUGCCUGAGAAAUCAGAUGAUACUGAAGAAGUUAUCUCGCCCCACGCCAGUCACGUGUCGAAAGAGGAGAAUGUAGCCGUUGGACACAACGGUCAUCUACAAAUAAUCCAGCCUCUCACUCAACUCCCAAAGCCAGAGGCACCACCAGGUAUUGAACCAAAACGCAACGGAGAUAUUUUGAACAGAUCAAAAUCUUUAUCGGGAAGUUUAUCAAUCGACAUGCCGUCUAUCGGAAAAUUCAUUAAAGAGAGAAGCAAUAAUUUAUCGGCUUCGAUUGCAAGUAGAUUAUUGUCUUUACGAAAUACAACCGGCGAUGACGAGACUAAGAUGACUUGUGAUGACCCGGACGUGACCGAGUUCAGCAUAUCGGGGCUCAAAGUGGUAGUGAGACUCAAGAACGACAAUGAAUCAAUUAAGGGAAGGAUAAGUUUCUUCUCGAGGUCAAAUUGCAGGGAUUGCACGGCAGUUCGAUCAUUUUUCAGAGAAAAAGGAUUGAAAUUCGUUGAAAUUAACAUCGAUGUGUAUCCACAAAGAGAAAAGGAGUUGAUAGAGAGAACGGGGACUUCUACUGUGCCGCAGAUUUUCUUCAAUGAUAAGCUAUUCGGUGGUUUAGUGGCUUUAAAUUCGUUGAGGAACAGUGGAGGUUUCGAUCAGAGGUUGAAGGAGAUGUUAGGGAGUAAAUGUUCCGGUGAUGCUCCGGCAGCUCCUGUGUACGGGUUUGAUGAUCCAGAGGAAGAAGAGGAAACGACGUCGGAUGAGAUGGUGGAGAUCGUGAGGGUUUUGAGGCAGAGAUUGCCUAUUCAGGACCGUCUGAUGAAGAUGAAGAUCGUGAAGAAUUGUUUUGCGGGUUCUCAGAUGGUAGAGGUGCUGAUUCAGCACUUGGAUUGCGGCAGAAAGAAGGCUGUUGAGAUUGGCAAGCGGAUAGCAAGGAAACACUUCAUUCAUCAUGUUUUUGGAGAAAAUGAAUUUGAAGAUGGAAAUCACUUGUACCGUUUUCUCGAGCACGAACCCUUCAUUCCAAAAUGCUAUAAUUUUCGAGGAUGUACAAAUGACAAUGAACCAAAGUCAGCAAUAAAAAUUGGCCAAAAGAUUUAUAAGAUAAUGUCUGCAAUACUGGAGGCUUAUGCCUCUGAUGAUAGGCGCCAUCUUGAUUAUGUAGCCAUCAGCAAAAGUGAGGAAUUUAGAAGAUAUGUAAAUUUGGCUCAAGAUCUUCAAAGGGUGGAUCUGAUGGAACUCUCUGCAAAUGAGAAACUGGCAUUCUUUUUGAACUUGUUUAAUGCUAUGGUCAUCCAUUCUGUGAUUAGAAAAGGGGUAAUCGAUAAGAGAACAAUUUCUUCGGACUUUCAAUACAUUGUAGGUGGAUUUCCUUAUUCGCUUAAUUCAAUCAAGAAUGGAAUUCUGAGAAACAAUCAAAGAUCUGCCUACUCAUUGCUCAGACCUUUCGCUGCUGGAGACAAGCGCUUGGAGAUAGCUCUUCAAAAAGUGAACCCAUUAAUUCAUUUCGGACUAUGCUACGGGACAAGGUCAAGUCCUGCAGUGAGGUUUUUCACAGCACAAGGAGUUGAAGCAGAACUAAAAUAUGCUGCCAGAGAAUUCUUUAGGACAAAUGGAAUGGAAGUAGACUUGGGAAAGAGAACAGUUCAUCUCGCAAUAGUCAUUAAGUGGUUCAAAGCAGAUUUUGGGCAAGAAAAAGAAAUUCUCAAGUGGAUUAUCAACUACUUGGAUGCAACAAAAGCAGGCCUUUUGACCCAUCUAUUAGGAGAUGGAGGUCCAAUCAAUAUUGUCUACCAAAACUAUGAUUGGUCUGUCAAUUCUUGAUUUUCCCUGACAUAGUGAAGUUAGACUGUCAAUUGUCACUUAGACGGAGGGGGGGGAAGAGAGAGAAAGAGAAGUACAUUGGCCAGGGGCAUUUGUACAUAAUACCCAAGAUUUGGAAGCCAUAUAGACCGGCAAAAUAUAGGGAUAUAUUGAUUUAUAGGCAACAUGGAACUUUUGCUCUUUCAUAUCCAAAUGCAAGCAAUGAUUUAUAUUUUUUAAAGAAAAAAUAUUGGCUAGCUGAUCAAAUACCCAAACAAUUAUGUUCUGUUCUCUGUCUAGCAUUUUUCUUGUAGCUAUAUUUUCUUUUCUUAUCAUGUGAGAUGCAAGUGACUUUGUUGCA